AUGAUUCCCUACCGGGCGGCCAACGAGUUCGGCGGCUGGCGCCCAGGCGCGGAGCCGCCGGACACCGACUCCGAGGCGGAACUGGAGGCCUUCUACAGGGAGUGUAUGUCCGCAGCGAGCGGGGACGCUGCAGCGGCCUCGUCCAAGAAGCGGUACGAGUACGUCGUCUUCGGCAUAUUCAGGGACCCGAGCGUUCACGUGCCCGAGACGGCGGAGCCGGAGCCGGAGGCCGCCCAGGCCAACCCGCCCAGCCGCAUGUCGGACCCUAUAUACCAGAGCCCGUUGUGCCAGGAGUUCCUGGACACACUAUCGCAUCUUAUGGAGACGCAGCGGGUGGAGGCCAGGCACCUGCUCGCGUACAGGCGGGAUGGAGAGCGCCACGCGCGGGCCUCGCUGAACUUCACGAGCAAGGAGGCCACCGUCAAGUCGAGCAGCGUCAAGGUGAACGUGCACAAGCCCCCCAGCCCACUGGCGGGGCAGUGCACCAUGGUCGAGGCCAACGAGAAGCCAGUGGUCUCUAGCGCGGACGUGGUGGUGCGGCCGAUCGGCGGGGCAGUGAACGCCGACAUCCUGACGGUGCUGCCGCUGUGCGGCUACCGGGUGGUCAGCCGCAUGUUCAUCUGCGGGCACGUAUUCACCAGCAACUACGGCAACCCCUCGCAGGUGGAGGUCGCGGUGCUGCGCCACUACGCCGACUGCAACCCGAACACGCCGGUCUCGCCGGACUCGCUGCUGGUCGAGGUGCGCUGCGUCGGCGACGGCGACCCCGAGACCUACAAGGCGCGACUGCGCGAAUACACGCAACUGCUGUACAAGUACGUAGACUUCUCGCUCCAAUGA